AUGGCUGGCUUGAGGGUAGAUUUUGGCUUGCUCCUGGAACCUCUGGGCUUCAUUAAGGUCCUCGAGUGGAUUUUUUCUAUCUUUGUUUUUGCCACAUGUGGAAGCUUUCAAGGUGAAACUACCCUUGUGGUUUCCUGCAAAGGUGUGGUAAACAAAACUGUUACAGCUGCUUUUGCUUACCCAUUCAGAUUGAAUACUGUUGCAUUUAGUGCACCAGACCCAGAAGGCUGUGGUGGUGCUUGGACUGACAUCUAUCUUGUGGGCAACUUCUCCUCUUCGGCCCAGUUCUUUGUUACGCUUGCAGUGUUGGUAUUCCUCUACUGCAUUGCUGCCCUUGGGGUAUAUAUUGGAUAUAAGCAUGUGUAUCAGCAAAAUAGCAAGUUUCCACUGACUGAUUUGGCUAUCACUGUCAUAACAGCUUUUCUGUGGAUGGUCGGUACUUUUGCUUGGGCAAAAGCACUUGCUAACAUCAAAAUGGCAACAGGGGCCAGCAUGAUUCCAGGAAUUGAAACUUGCAAAGCACCAGGAAUAACUUGUCGUCUUGCUUCUGUGACUAGCAUGAAAACUCUGAAUGUGUCUGUGGUGUUUGGCUUGCUUAAUAUGAUUUUAUGGGCAGGAAACAUUUGGUUUAUAUACAAGGACACCAACCUGUUCAACAAAUCAAACAUAAUUUCUCAAAGUCCAGCAAUGUAUUCAGCUCGAAGAAUAUAA